AUGAGAGCAAGUUUCUUUGGAGUGCUGCCCUCAUGCUUGCGCUUGAUGGAAGUUAGUACAUUAUGUUACAAGAGUGUUGGUUCACCAAGAAAACAAGGGAAGAAGAAAUCUCUUGAUGGAAGCAAUGAUAUGAACUUGGAUGCAUCUCCAAAAUCUGAUGAGCAGGAAACUAAGAAAACGAAGCAGGAGGAGUUGAUGGAAAUUUAUAAUGGCAGCAGAGAUGUUCUGUUUAAGAGGGCUUAUGGUCUUGAGUUUUUGCAGGCAAUGUGUGUUGGUUCACGUAGCAAACGAGAGAAGGAGAACGCCCUUGAUCAGAGCGAAGAUGUGAAGUACUCGGAUGUAGCAAAGCAGGACGAGUUGAUGGGAACUUGGAAUGCAUCAGAGAUGGUGGUGCUGCUGGUACCAUUAGCUGCUGAGGAUAUAGAAAAUGCUCUCCAGUUUUUGAAGUUCUGUGAAACAUUUAGCGAGCAAACAAGCACCAACUGCUCAUGGUUCCAAGAUUUGGAGAACCUGAUCUCCGCAUCCAGGGUCUCAAGGGUUGACCCCGUUAUGAAGGAGUUGCCUUCUGAGUGUUUUAGUGAAGGCAGGGAUGGAUAUGAUGCCUUAAGCUUCUCCCAAAAUCUUAGGCUUUUGAAUUUCCUCUGUGAUGGGGCUCUUAAUGCAAAUCCCUUGUCCAGGACGCUGAGGGGAUGGAUUGAGGAGCAAAAUAAAAGAGUUGUCCAAUGUAAAGGGUUUGCUCUAGCAAAGAAUAAGGAGAGAGAUCUCCAAGCAAAGUCGCUGGAGGAGAUGGCUAAGAGAACCACUGCAGAUAAUGGCAGUGCUGUCCCAAUUUCAGAGUUGGACUCCAUUGUUUCAUUACUCUGA